AUGCAGGAAUUUCUCAAGACUCACAUUGUACAACAUCAGAAAAAAUGUGAUGACUGCACCAGAAAUACAGAGAAUAUAGACUAUACAAAAAGGGACAAGCAAUUAUUUCCAUAUAAUAAUUACAAUCGGUUUGGAAUGGAAUGGGUCGGCAUCGUUGAAGAAUUAGAAUGGGCACAUUUACAUGGAACAGAAGAUAAGAAAAUCAAUGAUAAGCUAUUUGAUGUUGAAACAGGAACCCUUGGAAUGACCUCUGUGAAUAAAUCACGAAUGUUUUUGCACUCUGAUUCACGAAUUGUGAAAAUGGGAGAGUAUGUCCAUGUGUUGAUUGAAGCGUAUGACAACAAUGGACGCAAACGAAACAAGGGUGGGGAUUUAUUUCUGCCAACAAUGGUAAAUAUGGAUCUCCGAAAAAGUACAGCAGGUCGCAUCGUUGACUACGGAAAUGGUACAUAUUCAGUGUUCUUCUAUGCAGCCUGGGUAGGUGAUGCUUACGUAAAAAUUCAGCUUCACUAUACGAGAGAGGCAAUCAGUCUUUUGAAAAAUGUAAUUCUGGCAAAGGAAAAACUCUUGAAUUUCGACGGCUAUUACAAAGAUGGUAACGAUAGUUAUAUAAGUAACUGUUCGUUGGUCAAUGAAGAAUCAUGGUCUGAUAAGUGUGAGUAUAGUAACACACAUUCUAUGGGGAAAACAGCAGUUGUUUGCCGGAAGCCAGCCUCGUUCAGGUGUGACCAAUUGUUGAUAUUGAAACUGAGUGUUGAUUCUUUGAAAGCGGCAGCUAACAACCUUACUGGAGGACUCGCCUAUAUGUUUGAUUCGCAAUAUCACGGAAGUUAUAUCACAAAUGCACCGAUAAAAUUAGGAAUUAUAGAUGGGACUCCACAUUCUCCAAGACUGUUGCCAUGUGGACCAGAUUUACCUAUUCCAUUAUCUGAUGGUCAUUGGGUAAAUAAAGUCAAAUUUGAGCCUAUGGUUUGUCGUAGCCAGCAGUGGACAGAAGAUGAAGCUCAAAAGUGUAUAUCUGAUAAGGAAUUCAUAGUUAGCGGUGAUUCUACUGUCCGUCAAAUAAAAGACUGUUUAAGUAAAAACUUUAGUUUCACCGGUUUUCACAACCAUUUUACAGUACCCCGUGUUGGUAGUCUGGAUGUAACGGUAGCAUCCGAUGAUAUAUUUGAGAGUGAUUUGAUUGACAAUUUUACUCAAAGCAACUGCCAAAAUAAAAUUGGUGUUGUUGUUUUAAAUAUGUGUUUUCACUUUGGCAUGUGGUCAACAAGAGCCUACGUAGAACGAAUUUACCCAGCAAAACGUGCGAUCCAAAGAUUGAUACAAAAAUGUCCAAAUACAAAAAUACUGAUUAAACUCUGUAAUCCACGUGACAACUUUACAUUUGAGCAACGUAUACAUAGUAACAAUUGGACAUUUUACAAUAUGAAUAGGAUAAUGAGACGUAUAUUUGGUGGCAUGGGUGUACAUUUUCUAGACUUUUGGGAUUUAGUAGUGUCAUCCUUCACAAAUAAUACGAUACACAUGCCAUGGUUUGUGAUCUACCAAGAAGUUCAUCUGAUGUUAUCGUACAUAUGCCCACAUUUAGUUAAGUAG